CGACUCGACUUGAAUCCGUCAUCGAUCAACACCUCCACCGUCAACCUCGUUUACCUCGACAUCCUCCUCCACCAUCGCGGCCAGCAUCAAAUCUUCAUCAUUGGAGAUAAAAGCUCCAGCAUGGCCUGCCUCUGAGUUCUGAUGCUCUGAUGCUCUGACACCGUGUUCCAUCUCUUGACGGCGUCCACGGUCGCACCUACCCCAACGCGCGAUCUGCCUUCCACCACAAUGUCCUUUCGAAAGAAGCCCUGAAGCCAUCUUCAUCAUGCAACAAAACCACCAUCCAUACGGGCAACACCAGUUGCCCAUGCAGCCUCCUCCGCCUGGUCGCCGCCAUGAUCCUCAGUACCAGAAUAUGAACUCCCCCAUGAGGCCACACCCUAUGUAUCAACCACAGUUCUACCCUCAACACAUGGCCCCGUACACCCAUUAUCAACCUCACUACCAACCUCAGCCUUGGUACCCUCCAUACCAGCAGCAGCAACAUCCCAUCCAUCCUAUGCAUACACAACGCCCUCCUUAUUAUCCUCAACACCCUGUUCCCCCUCAACCAUAUCCCCCCCACCACCAGGGCCCACUCAUUGUCAACUCGCAACAAGCUCAUCAACCUCAUCCGUCACCUCAACCCUCACAUCUCUCUCGUCCCACGUCACAUCAACAGCCGCUGCCACCGCCACGAAACGUCCCUGCUCCAAAUUCAUCAAUGGGCCAAGCUCCUCCCUCUCCCCCAUUGAGUACUGCGAGCACAAUCAAUACUAGAAAGGAGUCGGCGUCUCCCGUGGUGUCCAUCUCUCCCUCGCCUCAACAGUCACCAAUUCCCCUGGUGGAGAGCCCUCGUGAGCCAUUCCAACCACCGAUCCCCUGGCUAUCUGUCGAGAACGAACCCUUCCCCCCUCGAGCAGCUAAAUGCAGAAGACGUGUUCCGCGCUCUUUGCUUGCCUCUCAGCCUGUCGUAUAUCCUCUUCCAGAAUCACCGUCCAUCGACGACGCAGACGAAAGCAAUAUAGAUCAGCAGUCAGAUCAGCAGUCCGAUCAACAAGACGCACUCCCCCAAGACACACAUCUCAGCGAUACGUCUGGCCAAGAUAUCUACGCCAUCGAGGCGUCUACACCAUUCCCUUCAGAUGCUCCUUCCGACACCGUCUCGACUCAGCCGACGACCCCUUUGUCCGCUGUUCCAACAUCCACAGCCAAAGCUCAACAGACUCCAACUCAGCCAAAGGCGCGUCCUGCCGGUCCGGUCAUCCCCGCUGUUCCCAUUCUCCCUUCGAGCCCAACGGCCACACGAAAGCCCCACCGUGAUUCCGUGGUUUCUGAUUCUUCCAGACUGUCAGAAGGAGCCACGGCCACAGACGGUCACCCAGCCAUUACUACUGCUGGCUCCGCUUCUGAACUUGUGAGCGAGCCUCUUUCAGCACCCGUUCCUGUUGCCCCCAAAUCCUGGGCCAACCUCUUCAGAGCCAACGAGACUUCUUCCUCUUCAGCCACUGGGGCUCCUUCGAGUCUGACCGCCGACAAUCUUGGCCUGGGAAAAUCAGAAUCUCUUUCCGAUGUUCUCAACGAUGUCAACACAAGCACCACCGAAGUCCCUAGCAAGCUUUCUUUCCUGAAGCCUCGAGGGCUGGUCAACACUGGCAACAUGUGCUAUAUGAACUCGGUGUUGCAAGCCCUCGUCUUCUCCAUCCCUUUUUACGAUUUUCUCACCAAAGUCGCUCAACGUGCCGCCCACACCUUCAAAAGCGACACGCCUCUGGUGGAUGCCAUCAUCCUUUUUGUUCAAGAGUACCCCGUCAUUGCGUCCGCCAAAACCGUAGAGCAGCUGCGUCUAAGACUAAAGCCGGAAGACUUUGAAAAAUAUGGUGAUUCUUUUAUCCCAGAAUACGUCUACUCCGCAAUCAAGGACCUCCCCAGGUUUAGAGAAAUGCGCCGAGGUCAUCAACAAGACGCCCAAGAGUUUCUAGGCUUUCUACUAGAAGAAUUGCACGAAGAGUGUGCGCGUGCCAUGAAAGCCACCACAUUGUCGUCCACCGAACGCUCGACCCCCGCCGGAAGUGUCUCCAACUAUUCUGAAAAUGUCGACAAUGAGACCGGUUGGAUGGAGGUUGGCCAUAAGCAGAAGCCGGCCGUCACUCGGUCAUCAGGUGGUAUCGUCACCGAGUCCCCAGUGACCAGUAUCUUUGGUGGCAAGCUCCGGUCGGAGCUCAAGGUGUCUGGCAACAAAUUGUCGGUAACCUUGGAACCAUACUCACCCCUUCAACUUGAUAUCGGCGCCCCGUCGGUUCAUAACAUCGUCGACGCCCUCAAAGGACUGACUCGCCCGGAGAGUAUGCAGGGCGACUUUUCUACCUCAAGAGGACAGAAGACCACCGCCACCAAACAGGUCUUUAUCGAGACUCUUCCUCCCGUUUUGAUUCUCCAUCUCAAACGCUUCCACUACGACACUACAACCAAACGUGCGGAGAAAAUAUGGAAGAAGGUGGGUUACCCGCUGGAGCUGGAGCUUCCUAGGGAAGUCUUCCCUCUAAAGACGCGGAACAAAUAUGCCGCUCAUGGAGGCCUUCCAAAAUACCGGCUCACUGCCGUCAUUUACCACCACGGCAAGAAUGCCAACGGAGGUCACUAUACCGUUGAUAUCCGCCGACAAGACGACCGUGAAUGGAUCCGCAUUGACGAUACAUUGAUCCGACGAAUUCGUAGCGACGAUGUGGCCGAAGGAGGUAGCGAAGAGGAUCCCAAGGUCCUAGCAGCUGCUCUGGAACGACAUAAUGCUACCGGUAAUCGGUUCGAACAGAUCGACAAUGAUGGUGAAGAGGAGGAAGGGACGGAGAGAGUCUGGAGCCAGGUCAAUGGACAUUCACGAUCCAAGUCGACAAUGAGCGCCAUCGUCAAUGGGUCGUCGACUCCAGCCAAGGACUCAUCGGGCAAACAAACCCCAAACCCCAAGUACUCGAUCAAGGACAACAAGGUCGCAUAUUUGUUAUUCUACCAGAGGAUUACGGCAUGAUGGCCAGAACCGUCCUUUGUUUGCCACCGCCACCGAUUGAUGACCUUGUCCAACCUCUGUCGAUAGCGUGGACACACACUCGUCUUACCAGAAUUGACACGAUUGGACGCCGUCAACUCGCCGACAGAUCCUGUUGUCUGAUUUACGACCCAUACCAAGUUUCAGUGACACAAUUCUGUGUAUCUACAAGGGUGAACGUUUUAUUAUAACGAAAGAUCCAAUAAGUCGAGCAAGCAUCACAGUUUGUGUCAUGACUGGAGAAAAAUGCAUAGCGGGUGGUGAGCCAACGGCCGAGACGAAUUAGGAUUCAAUUUAAUUUCUACAAUGAUAAAAAUUUCUACAAAGUAA